AUAGGAUUUAGAGUUGAAAAAAACUUAGAAAUGAUCUGAGACCAAACCUCAUUUUUACAAAUGAAAACACUUAACCCAGAAAAUAGAGUGCCUUGUCUAAGGCCACAUAGCAAGUAACAGGGAUUUGAACUGCUUUUCUGUUUUGAAAUCCAGUUUUCCUACAAUAGCCUCUCCUGGGCUUUUCUCCUAUCAUAAAUAGGAAGUCAUCCCUGAAUUCUAAUCCUAAUUUAGAGAUCUUCUGCCUUUUUGCUAGUUCCUUUUUGUGGUCAGAGAUCUGUUGGAAGUGAGGUAAGGUAGAAGAAAUGUCUGAGAUAAAAAAAAAAUAGGAAUUAUUGCCAUUUAUCCUUAUUCUCCUUGAAUUCUCCCCAGGGCUCCUUAUUUGUUUCCUUUCCAUGUCCAAGGUUAAAGAGGUAACUGGGGCCGCCUGACAUUCUGAUGCCAGGUGGCUGUUAAAAAUACUCUCAGCUGGGUUGUGACACUCAGGUUGGCCUCCUGCCUGUGCUUAGGAGUCCUGGCCAGCAGGCUUCUGGCUUCAGGGUACCUGGGAACUUGGGCCAGGCCCAAGAGAUAGGAAGGGGGAAUGUAUAAGGGAUACGGGAAAACUAGGAUAGAAGUGGCAAGGAGGCUGGAUUUUAAAUGAAUCAAAUGAGAGGACCCAUAGGUGAGGAGAUAGGGGAAUGUAGUGUUUUUUUCUCCUGUGAGAAAUCCCUGUCAGGUCUAGACAGGUGUGGAAUUGUCUGCUUACCUCUAGAUUAUUGACUCAUUAAUGAGUGCUAAUUCAGUCCUUACCAUCUUGAACUGUUGAUGUCUAUACACAUGUACUCAGCCCCACUCAUAACUGAUUCUUUCUCAGGAAGAUGCUCAGAGGGAGUCCUGACCUAUAGCUCAGAUGGCUCUGCAGAGUUAUUCAUUACCUUCUCUCUUUCUAUGCCCUUCACCCCACCCCUCUUGCCAAGUUCUUGGUCUGUGAGUUGAGCUCAUUACUGAAGGCUUCUCAAAAGAGGUGGACUUAAUGACAGGGGAGGGUGGAAUUAAGUGCCUAACUGCCUUGUAUGGUCUAACUCUAAAAAGCCAUUUUAGACAUAAUGGUUACUUGGGAUUACUCGGACUUGUUCUUUGAGAUUAGUCCUCUUCUGACUUGGGUCAGAUACUGGAAGUACUGUCAAGUUGAUGAAAGGCUCUGUUGGGAAUUCAUGAGUGGAAGUUUCUAGACAUGUAAGUUGGGGUCCACAGAUUUGGAAAAGAGGAAAAAAUGUGGCUAUGAACUUCCAGAUAGGAAAAAUUACUUCUGAAAGUAGUUUGAUACUUCUUUUUAGCCCUAUUAAAAAAAGACAAACACCAAAAAAACCUUUACCUUAUGUCUUAGUCCAAGGCAGAAGAGCAAUAAGAGCUAGGUCUGAGAUCAAUUUUGAACCCAAGACCUCUCCUCUCUAGGCCUAGCCCUCUUACCCUGCAUUUAGUUUCAAGUUUAAAAACAUUCUGAGGAGAGAUCUCUAGGUUCGAGGGCUUCCUCAUUCCUCCCUCCCUUAAGAGCAAUGUUUGAGCUGGCACCACCCCAUUCUGCCAGAGCCAGUGUGGUGUUUUGGAAAGCGGCCGAGGCUUGGAUUUCGGUUGUUUUUAAAAUACCAGCCCUGCCAUUUGUUAGCUGGGGGAUCUUGGACCAGUUGACUUCACAUCUCUUGGGCCUCGGCCUCUUGUGUCUGUAAAAUAGUAAUCAUUCUUGCACAAUCGAUCUCCCAGGGUUAUCAAAAGCUACGCAUUCCAUAAACCUUGAAAAUAAGAGCGAAAGGUUAGGGGCUGGGGUUGGUCCUUGAAGUGGAAGAGCCAGCGCCUGCCAGAUGUAAUGCUAGGUUCGUAUUUAGCCGUUACUGGGAACCAGGGAAAACGACUCUGUCCACUCAUUCUUCAAUUCCUGCGUUUCCGGUUAAAAAUUGCAGCUCUCCGCCUUAAUCUCCUUGGAACUUCAGGCAGCUUACAGGUGGAGCCUAGAAGCAACCUGAUACGUCUUCAUGACGUAGUAAAGAGGUUAAUCCUUCUCGCCCACGCGGGGCACUUGCAAAUCAUACGGAAGAAAGGGUAGUGGGGAGAAAACAAGGCCUCCCGAAUCGUAUCCACCGGCUGGUGAGGAUCCCCACCCCUGACGAGGCAGUGCAUGACCUCAUCGUGGUGUUCUACGUCAUGCGACUCCGCCUCCCCCAUGCUUCUAGAGGGCCCUAGUCGGCCGUAAGGGACCCGGAAGUGUGGGGGGGUCGUCGAGACGCCUGAUUAUUACGUCACUUCCGACCGGUUCGAUGGCGACGGCUAGCUCAGCUGCGGCCGCUACGGUCGGAGCCCCAGGGGAGGGCGAGCCUGGGGGCGGGGAGAGAACGGUGGCUGAAGGGACCUCCCCGCCCCCAGGCCGCGCCUCCCCACCGGCCCCGGCCCGCGGUGAGCCUGAGGUCACGGUGGAGAUCGGAGAAACGUACCUCUGCCGACGUCCGGAUAGUACUUGGCAUUCAGCAGAAGUGAUUCAGUCCCGGGUGAAUGACCAGGAAGGAAGAGAGGAAUUCUACGUACAUUAUGUGGGCUUUAACCGUCGGCUGGAUGAAUGGGUGGACAAGAAUCGACUGGCCUUGACCAAGACAGUGAAGGAAGCUGUUCAGAAGAACUCUGAGAAAUACCUUAGCGAACUAGCUGAGCAGCCUGAACGCAAGAUCACCCGCAACCAGAAACGCAAGCAUGAUGAGAUCAACCAUGUGCAGAAGACCUAUGCGGAGAUGGAUCCCACAACAGCAGCACUAGAGAAGGAACAUGAGGCGAUUACCAAGGUGAAGUAUGUGGAUAAGAUUCAUAUUGGAAACUAUGAGAUUGAUGCCUGGUACUUCUCCCCAUUUCCAGAAGAUUAUGGGAAACAGCCCAAACUUUGGCUCUGCGAAUACUGUCUCAAAUACAUGAAGUUUGAAAAGAGCUACCGUUUCCAUUUGGGGCAGUGCCAGUGGAGACAGCCACCUGGCAAGGAAAUCUAUCGAAAGAACAAUAUCUCGGUGUAUGAAGUAGAUGGCAAAGACCAUAAGAUUUAUUGCCAGAACCUGUGUCUGUUGGCCAAGCUCUUCCUGGAUCACAAGACCCUGUACUUUGAUGUGGAACCAUUUGUCUUCUACAUCUUGACAGAGGUGGACAGACAGGGGGCCCACAUUGUGGGCUACUUCUCUAAGGAGAAGGAGUCCCCAGAUGGGAAUAAUGUGGCCUGUAUCCUGACUCUCCCCCCAUAUCAGCGUCGAGGUUAUGGCAAGUUCCUUAUUGCUUUCAGUUACGAAUUGUCCAAGUUGGAGAGUACUGUGGGUUCUCCAGAGAAACCACUGUCAGACCUUGGCAAACUGAGCUAUCGGAGUUACUGGUCCUGGGUGCUACUGGAAAUCCUGAGGGACUUUCGGGGUACAUUAUCCAUCAAAGACCUCAGCCAGAUGACCAGCAUCACACAAAAUGACAUCAUCAGCACUCUGCAGUCACUCAACAUGGUCAAGUACUGGAAGGGGCAGCAUGUCAUCUGCGUCACCCCCAAGCUAGUGGAAGAGCACCUUAAGAGUGCCCAGUACAAGAAACCACCCAUAACAGUGGACUCUGUUUGCCUCAAGUGGGCACCACCCAAGCACAAGCAAGUAAAGCUGUCCAAGAAGUGAUCGGUGUUCUGACCAGCCCCACUGCAUCCCUACCCAGUGAUGGUCUUAGACCUGGGAGGGAUGCCUCUUUUCCAGUUUGUAAAUAUGUAUAGACUCCUGCCUACCUUUGAGCCCUAAAUAUUUUUUUAAUAAAGAGAUUUUAGCUUGUCACA